AUGCUGUUUCCCGAGGAGGACUCGCCUCUGCUCAAGGCGUGGAUCGUCAAGCGCCUCGAGAAUACAUCUGAUGCGGAUGCUGAUGUGCUUGCUGACUUUGUGCUGGCUCUCUUGCAUCACGACGAUGGCAGCGAGGACGUGAAGUCAAAAUGCAUGUCCGAGAUGGGCAAUUUCCUCACAGAAGACCCAUCGUCCUUUGUCAAUGAUCUUUUCGAAAUAAUACAGUACAGAUCCUACAUCCCCGGCGCUCCCCCUCCACCGAAAGCAGUCCCUGCUGCCGCUCCUCCACCUGCUCUCCCCGGCCUCGGAGACUCGAAUACAGGUCAACCUGCCAUUCCUACUGGUCCCGGCGGUGGCAGCGCGCGCAAGCGUGGCUUCCAGGACCGGGGCGACUUCGAUGCGCCGACCGGCCGAGACCAAAUCCAAGGAGGGCGACUGUACAAGCAAGCGCGUCGUGGUGGAGGCUUUGGGGCUCGCAAGGGCUACGUCGACCCCGAUAGACCACAACCGAUAUCCCAGGACCAAUACGCGUUUCAAAAUACUGCAGCCCAGCAUGCGCCGUCUUUCGCGCCGCCGGGCCAGGUGCCACAGAUUCCCCCCUUCGAUCCGAGCAAUCCCUUGGAGUCGAUGAGACAGCUGCAGCAAAUCAGCCAGCAGAUGGGGCUCUCCAUGCCACCUUUCGCCGACUACUCUCAACAGCAGCCCGGCUUCCAGCACAACAUACCGCCGCAGCAGGGAAGAAAAGGACGGUGUUGGGACUUUGACAGGAAGGGAUUCUGUCCCAGGGGCCUCAAGUGCAAGUUUGACCACAGCACGGGGACUGAGCCCGUCUUGUACAACCUACCUGCGCCACAGCUGUCAGGGCAGAUCCAGCUACCAGGUGAAGGUCCGUCUGGUUUUCGAUUUCCGAGUAAACCGAUCACGGGCGAGGACCUCGAGUCUUCGCGUGAUUCUUUUGCGACACUUUAUGAUUUCAACCCUUCCUUCGAGUCUUUCAACCAUUUCUUCGACGUGCUGAGUCUGACACAUCAAGUAGAAUACGACCCGAGUUCCGCGACACUGUCGCAACCUCCACAGAUACCCCAGUUUCCUCAACAAUCAGUGCCUUACCAGGGCAAUGGGCAUCCUAACCAGAACAGAAAUAACCGCCAUGGCCAGCAAAGGCGGAAGGCGGGCCAGGCUCGCGCACCAUUCUCCGCGGAAGGCCCAGUCCACGAUAGGACUCAGACAAAGGUUGUGGUGGAGAGCAUACCUGAGGAAAACUUUGACGAGGAUCAGGUACGAAAUUUCUUCGUACAAUUUGGUAAUGUUGAAGAGGUUACGAUGAUGGGGUACAAGCGACUAGCGAUCGUUAAAUUCGACAACUGGGCCUCGGCCAAUGCCGCAUACAAAUCACCAAAGGUAAUAUUCGACAACCGAUUCGUCAAGGUCUAUUGGUACAAGGAGGAGAAGCACGGUGAUAUUGCGAAUGGGGGCAAUGGCGUAAACGGGUUCAAGAACGGCCAGGCAGCGAACGGCGUCAAACGCGAGGAAUCUACGGACGUCAAGAUGGAGGAGAUCGACAUGGAGGAGUUCACGCGCAAGCAAGAGGAGGCGCAAAAGCUGCACGAGGAGAAGACGGCGAAAAUCCGAGAGAUCGAGAAGCAGCGCGAGGAGCUGGAAAAGAGGCAGAAGGAGCUGCAGGCGAAGCAGGCGGCCGAGAAACAGCGGCUCCUGGAGAAGCUGGCCGGCUCGCGCAAGAACUCGAUCGAACCUGCCGGAGGCGGCGGCGGUGGCGACAACUCGGCUGCGGAGGAAAAGGGCGGCGAGGCGUCAAAGACCGAGGCGCUGAAAGCCACGCUGGAGAAGCUGCGCGGGGAGGCGGCGGCGCUGGGGAUCGACCCGAACGCACAGCAGCAGGACGACGGCGCCGCGAUGUCGACGCCGUACGCGCCGAGCUACGGCCGCGGCGGUAGGGGCGGAUAUUACAGGGGCCGCGGAGCGUAUGCCCCACGGGGAUCGUGGCGCGGCGGUGGGCGCGGCGGCAGGGGCAACUUCCACGCGGCAUACGCUGCCUUCUCCCUAGACAACCGGCCCAAGACGGUGGCCUUAUCCGGUGUUGACUUCUCGGCGCCCGAGAAGGACGAGGCGCUGAGGAGGCACCUCUUCACCUUCGGCGAAGGCGUCACCGAGAUCCAGACCACGCCCGCCGUGACGCACCUCAGCUUCAGCGACCGCAAGCAGGCCGAGGCCUUCUACAACGGCCUCAAGAGUGGCAAGGUCCCCGGGAUCAACGACGGCGCCGCGCCCGUCGAGGUCUCGUGGGUCGCUGGGCCCGCGGCGGCCCUCCCGGGCAGCACCACGUCUAGCGUUCAUACUGCAGGCGGCGGUAGCGGCGGCGAUGAUGGGCUCGACUCGGCCAUGGGGGGUGCGGAUGAUGAUAAUCACCACGAUGAAGAAGGGGAGGGCGGAAAGGCCGACCCGCACGGCGCGGAGAGCAACGCGGCAGAAGGUGCGCAGGGCGAGUCGCAGGCGCAGCAGCAUCACCAACAGCAGCAGCAGGAGCCCGGCGAGGCCAAGGAGGUGGACUACGACGUGGCCGGGGAGAACGAGUGGGACGAAUAG